ACCCGGCAACCUCCCAUCACCACCACGUCGUAGGUCCGCUCUAUUGACACGUCUGCCGCUCUUGACCGCUCACAUCUUCACCGCGCAUACAAAAGAACAUGACUCGCGUCACCCCUGAGUUCGUGAAAGCGCGCAGCUCCAACCUGUCGCUGCACUCCCUGGCCAUGGAACAGUCCAUGGCGAUGCGCAUGAGCAGCGCUGCCGAAGUCAUCGAUAACAAGAUGGAUGCGAAGGACCUGAAGCCCGAGGCCUUCACCAAGGCCUACCUCGACUUCAUGACCGAGAACCCGACCGUCUUCCACGCCGUCGACUACUUCAAGGAGAAGCUGCUGAAAGCUGGCUACAAGGAGCUCUCGAGCCGCGACAGCUGGGCCGGCAAGCUCGAGCCGGGCGGCAAGUACUUCACAACCCGCAACGGCAGCUCCAUCAUCGCCUUCGCCGUCGGCAAGGCCUACAAGCCCGGGAAUGGCGUCGCCAUGGUCGCCGGCCACAUCGACGCUCUGACGGCGCGUCUCAAGCCGACAAGCACGAAGCCAAACAGCCACGGCUACGUGCAGCUCGGCGUGGCGCAAUACGCUGGCGCCCUGAACGAGACAUGGUGGGACAGGGACCUGAGCAUUGGCGGCCGAGUCAUUGUCCGGGAUCCCGAGACCGGCAAGACGACCGUGAAGCUCGUCAAGCUCGAUUGGCCGAUCGCCCGGAUCCCUACGCUGGCACCUCACUUCGGCAUCGGCAUGACCGGCCACAACAACCGCGAGACGGAGAUGGUGCCCAUCAUCGGCCUCGACAACAGCGAUCUCUACCCGUCGGCCUCCGCCAGCAGCGCCGCAACCGCGGAACAACCCCUUGGCGGCCACGGUUCCUUUGCCUCGACCCAGCCGCCCAAACUGGUCAAGCUCAUUGCGAAACAACUGGACAUCACCGACUACAGCACCAUCCUCAACUGGGAGCUCGAGCUCUUCGACUCGCAGCCGGCGACGGUAGGCGGCAUGGACAAGGAAUUCAUCUUCGCGGGGCGCAUCGACGACAAGCUGUGCUCGUGGGCGGCCUUCAUGGCGCUGCUGCACGCCAAGGACGAGGCCUCGGAGGGCGGAAUCAAGCUUGUCGCGCUCUUCGACGACGAGGAGAUCGGCUCGCUCCUCCGCCAGGGCGCGCGGGGCAACUUCCUGCCCAUCACCAUCGAGCGCGCUGUCGAGAGCCUCGCCCUCGCCUCCGCCUCCAAGGACAACAACAACAGCAACAACAAAAUCGCCUUCGGCCCGGGCCUGCUGGGGCAGACCUACUCCAACUCGUUCCUCGUCUCGUCCGACGUCACGCACGCGGCUCACCCCAACUUCCCGCAGACCAACCUCGCCGGCCACUCGCCGCGCCUCAACGUGGGCGUGGCCCUGUGCGUCGACGCGUCCGCCCACAUGACCACCGACAGCGUGUCCAUGGCCAUCCUGGACCGCGUGGCCCAGCUGGCCGGCUGCGUCAACCAGCGCCACAUGAUCCGCAACGACUCCCGCUCCGGCGGCACCGUCGGCCCCAUGCUGAGCGCCGCCAUGGGCGUGCGCGCCGCCGACGUGGGCAUCCCCCAGCUGAGCAUGCACAGCAUCCGCGCCACGACGGGCAGCCUGGAUCCUGGGCUGGGCAUCAAGUUCUACAAGGGGUUCUUGGAUCAUUGGGAGACUGUUGAUCGCGAGUGGCGGGCUUAAGAGUAGAGCAUAGCAUAGAUAUGAUGGAUGGCAUGGCAUGGCGUGGCGUGGCGAGGGGUAGGG